UUUCUGCACCUGCCAUGGCGGAGACCCCACUGUUGAGGUAACACGCCCGCCUACUCUGACUAGCCUGGCCCCCACCACCCUCCCCUGUUAAAAGGGGGGGAAAAAAAUUUACCACACAUCAUGAUGAAAAACAACAUUGUUUUUAACCAUUCUUAUCUCCUCACUCCCAAAUAUCCUGUUUCUUCGAACUGCGGCAGCCAGAACCAAUAGAAUCCCCUUCCUGCUAUUGGCUGACUUCACUUCCCAGCGUUAGCACAAUCUCAUCCGUUCCAAACAACGCUAGCAAAACCGCAACGCUCGCUCGCUCUUCAGAAAAAAAGAGAGAAAAAACAAAACAAUCGCUGUAUCGAUAAAGCUGCUCGAUCAAUCGUCCUGAUCGAGAAUGGCCAGCACUAUUAAGGAAGCGCUGUCGGUGGUGAGUGAGGACCAGUCUCUAUUCCACUGCGGCUACGGAGCGCUGCACCCGCCCAAGACGGAGAUGACGGCCUCCUCGGCGAGCGAGUACGGCCAAUCGGUGAAGCUGAGCUCCCGCGUCCAGCAGCCGGAUUGGCUGGCCCAGCCCGCCUCCCGCGUCAAGAUGGAGUGCAACACCGGCCAUGUCAACGGCUCCAGGAACUCUCCGGAAAACUGCCACAUGGGGAAGACAGGAAAGGUUUCCAGUGGAGCUGACGGUGCUCCCAUGACCUACAGCAGCUACAUGGAGGAAAAGCACACCCCUCCCCCCAACAUGGUCCCGAGUGAGCGCCGAGUCAUCGUGCCUGCAGACCCCGCCCUGUGGACUACGAGCCACGUGCGGCAGUGGCUGGAGUGGGCGGUGAAGGAGUACGGCCUCCUCGACAUGGACGUGUCCCUGUUCCACAACGUCGACGGCAAAGAGCUCUGCAAGAUGAGCAAAGAGGACUUCCAGAGGCUGACCCCCUCCUACAACGCCGAAAUCUUGCAGUCGCACCUCCACUACCUCAGAGAGACUCCUCUUCCUCAUUUGACUUCAGACGAUGUUGACAAAGCCUUGCAAAACUCCCCGCGGUUAAUGCAUGCCCGCAACACAGGUGGUACAAGCUUCAUAUUCCCCAAUUCCUCACUGUAUGAUGCCCCUCCGAGGGUCCCAGCCCGAUCAGACAUAGCCUACGAGGCCGUAAGGCGGUCCGGAUGGACGCCGCAAGCUGUGCCUUCCUCCAAGGGUUCCCAGCUGUCUCCUGCCAUAGUGACCAAAACUGAGGACCAAAGACCUCAGCUGGAUCCCUACCAGAUACUCGGCCCAACAAGCAGCAGGCUUGCAAAUCCAGGCUCGGGGCAGAUCCAGCUGUGGCAGUUCCUGCUGGAGCUGCUGUCGGACAGCGCCAAUGCCGCCUGCAUCACGUGGGAGGGCACCAACGGCGAGUUCAAGAUGACGGACCCGGACGAGGUGGCGCGGCGCUGGGGCGAGCGCAAGAGCAAGCCCAACAUGAACUACGACAAGCUGAGCCGCGCCCUGCGCUACUACUACGACAAGAACAUCAUGACCAAGGUGCACGGCAAGCGCUACGCCUACAAGUUCGACUUCCACGGCAUCGCGCAGGCGCUGCAGCCCCACCCGCCCGACUCGUCCCUCUACAAGUACCCCUCGGACCUGUCCUACAUGACCUCCUACCACCCCCACCAGCAGAAGAUUAACUUUGUGAGCCCCCACCCCCCGGCCCUCCCGGUCACGUCCUCCAGCUUUUUCGCAGCCCCCAACCCUUACUGGAACUCCCCCACGGGGGGCAUUUACCCCAACGCCCGGCACCCUGCCACCCACAUGCCCUCCCAUUUGGGCACUUAUUAUUAGACUCGACUUUGUGUGUGGGGGCGUCCGUUAAUCAGCAGGAGGAACCAAAAGGAAAAUGAGGAGCUAAACACCCUGAAAGGGGCUUUUUGUCUGGGCAAAAAAAAACGUGAAGGCAAGAUGGCGGAGGAUUAAAUUACAGGUGUCGGAAAGGAGCAGGGGACCAGUAUAUGAAUUGCGGAAGGGAACAGAGAGCGUGUGGGUUUUGACCAGGUAAACCUCUUGGUAAUUGAGGAGUGAAUGAGGAGGUCUCUGGUCACGUGGGCUGUUUGGUUGAGCUGUGAUGAAGGCAGAGGGAGUUUCAGCUGCUCAUAUGUUCUCAUUAAAAAGAGCAUCGGGCUACAGUAAACUCACAAUAACCACGUGGAGAGAUAUCCACUAUAUCUUAGCAUUAAAGGACUGUAUUUACUGAAGUAAACAUAUCAUAGGAAAGGAAAAUGUGGAAGAAAUAGGUGUUGAGAAGGCAUGGGUAAACGUGGAACUGUAGAAAGGAGCAGCGCUGUGUAUUGGGGAAAGUGUGGAGGAGGUAGAAGCUGUAGUAUAUAUAUGUAGAAAUGCGUAGUGGGGACAGCAUGAAGUCAGGCAGCAGACAAUGUAGGGAUGUGGUAGAGGGAACAGGAGGGUACAAAAACAUAGUUGAUGUCAGAGGAUGUGCAAACUGAAUGGAACUAAAAUAUUAACAGAGACCGUGAUAUAUGACUUUAGAAAUAAACGGCCGUAUUUAUCUGGUUUAUACCACAGAGCAAUGGCAUUACCGAAGGCAGUAAGAAGCCUUUCACUUGACUGUUAUUCUUAAAGGAAAUGUUCUAAGAUUCCGUGUUUGGCUAGCGAUUUAGAAAACUGGAAUCACGAGUAUUCUAUAAAUACCGUUGGACCUCGAUGUGUUUCGAGAGCGUAGGAGAGCUCUGUGGCCACAGGCUUUACCAUGAAAACUCUGCCAAAGAAAUUUUCUAAAAAAAUAACAUUUUUUAAUGUUUUCCUUCUUUUCCUGAGUCACAAACGCUGUGCGUUUGUUAGAUUGAAGCACAAUAUCAGUGUUAUUUCUUUUUAUAUUUUAAAUAUAUACUGUAACUUAAUGCAUUAUACACUACGAGUUGAGCUCAGCUAGUCAAAUUACAGAAAUGAUAGUAAUAUAGGAAAGAUUAAUGAAAGCAUAUUAAAAGAAAUAAUAAACAAAGGAAAGUAUGGUGGCCUUGGAUUUUUAAUUUAUGCAAAACAGUAUUUGUCUUUAGGAAACAGUAGUAGUUUGAACAAGUAGUUUAAAAAAUUGAUUGUAUCUGACACCAAACGUGCCACUACUAACAUGUAAUUUUCAGACAUCAGCCAUACACCCAUGAACAUAUUACUGUGCGUUUUCCAAUGCAAAAUUUCAAAAUUUCAACUUUAAGCAGAGGUUUACCAAAGCUGCUUGCCAAUCAACAUAAUAACCACAGCACAGAAUUAACCUCUCUUGGUUUACUUUCCACAGAUUCUGCUAUCAGUGUUCCUAAAAUCCCAGAUUGGCAUGUAAGAAAAAGGCACUAACAAUGAUAAACAUUACCAGUGCUGCAGCAUACCCACAUCAUGCACUAGAGUACAUGCAACGUGCUGAAGGAUAAUGAUGGCUAUGGUUGCUAAAUCUGUCAGACAUGCAAUCUUUUAUCCAUAAUGAACUGUAGUCAUAAAGCACUCAAGUGCUGUGGGACUUUGGUGCUAGGAAACAAGGAGAACAAGCAACAGCUACAGUAUGUAUACUCCAUCUUAUUGUGCCCAUUGUACUUUACAUUGAUAUUAGUUUGACAUUGUCAUGAAUAACUGCUGUUGUUGUUAUUGCUAAACAAUGUAAUGUACAGUAUCCAUUCCCUAAAACUGAAUUUGCAGUACUGUGAGCUGUUAAAUGGCUAUCAUAAACAUAGUCUAUAUUUAGAUUAUGAUACAUUUGGGAGUAGUUAUGCGUGUUGUUUUACUAUUGUAAAUGUACAGUAGCCAUAUAGUAAAGUACACAUUUUUAAACAUUCCUGUGGGUGCCUCUAAAAACCCAUUUGUGGAAAGAAUUUGUCGAAAGGCCAUUUAGUUGGGAUGUGGUGAACAUAUCUAACCAAGCCUAUUUUUGGCCAGAUAAUGAUCAGAUAUUUACAGACAUUAUAGGUGCAGUGCUUCUUGAGCUUGAAGAAUAAUGACCACCCACCACCAAGAAGCAAGAAUACCUUGAAACCAGGGAACACAGUACUGGGAUUUCUCACAGAGGGAAGGGUACACAGAAAACAUAUACGGUCAUAUUUUAUAUGUUUUUCUAUUGUGCAAUUAUAAUAAAGUAUUUUUGAACCAAAA